GAAGAAGCCGAGACUCGCGGGACGUAAGCUGCUGCCUCCAGGUGAGCCCGAGGGUCAGUCUGGAAUAAGCAGUGCCGCCCGCGGAGUGAUCCAGAAGGUGAAGCGGCGGGCUGGCUAGUGCAGGGUCAGUAUCCCAUUUUCUUGACUUCGGUUAUUGGUUCAACACCUGUCUGCAAAGCUGGAUAACCCUGCAGAGGAGACAUGUAACAUGGAUACCUCAGAACCUGCAGAUGAUGUCGAAAGAACACUGGAACAGAGGCCUCGUACACGGUCCAACCCUGAGGGUGCUGAAGACAGGGGAGUGCCACCACAGCCUAUAGUAGGCAGCCGAAGUGAGGGAGAGGGCGAAGCGGCACAGGCAGAGGAUGCUUCCCAACCAGUCACUGCGUCCCCAAGUUGUGUCCUUCCUCCUCCUGUGGAAUUCCAAGUCAAAACUCCAAGAGUGAACUGCCCAGAAAAAGUGAUCAUUUGCCUGGAUUUGUCAGAAGAAAUGUCCUCUCAGAAACUGGAGUCAUUCAAUGGAGCCAAAACCAAUGCCCUCAAUUCUUCACAAAAAAUGAUUGAGAUGUUUGUCCGUACCAAGCACAAGAUUGACAAGAGACAUGAAUUUGCACUUGUGGUUGCAAAUAACGAAGCUAUGUGGCUCUCUGGAUUUACUUCAGACCCCCGGGAAGUCUGUAGCUGCCUUUAUGAUCUGGAGACCAACGUCUGUGAAUCAUUCAACCUUGAAGGCCUUUUUAACUUAAUACAACACAGAACAGAAUUUCCAGUUACAGAUAAUGUGCAGACUAUUCCCCCGCCUUAUGUAGUGAGGAUAAUCUUGAUCUACAGCCGCCCAGCUUCACAGCCUUCACUCACACUGACAGAAGCCAUGAAGAAAAUGCUGCAGUGCCCAUAUUUUUUCUUUGAUGUUGUGUACAUCCAUAAUGGGUGUGAUGAGGAAGAUAUAAGCUGGAAAGAUGUAUUUGGCUUCUUCAGCAGUUUGGAUACUAAAGGCACAAGUUACAAAUAUGAGGUGUCGAUAACAGGACCCGCUCUGGAGCUUCACAAUUGUAUGGCAAGACUGCUCGCUCACCCUCUUCAGCGCCCAUUUCAGAGUCAUGCCUCUUACAGUCUUCUAGAGGAAGAGGAGGAGAGUGCAGAGUGUGAAGUCACUGUCUAAAACAAACGGAUUUGAAUCACAAGUUAUCAUUUUAGUGUAAUUAAUAAAGUAACCCUUUUUUUUAUCAUGGUGCAUCAGCCUUGAA